UUCUGUCAGAACUGACUCUCGGAGGGUUCAAAUGGUUGCGGCGGCGGCGUUGGAGAAUCAUUCAGCGACAAAGCGUUCGACAAGAUGAAACUACUCCACGUGCUCGUCUGCCUGGGUCUGAGUUGUGCCGCGGCGGCUGACACCGUGGUCAACCCGAGAGGAGCUCGUCCGGUGGAAAUGGCCACCAGGUCGGAGAAGUGCGCCUCUCAGAAGGAGUGGCCCUUCUGCACAGACGACGACUGGGGCUACAAAUGCCCGUCGGGCUGCAGGAUCCAGGGUCUGAUGGAUAAAAACGACCACAGUCUGCUGAAAAGGAUCGAGAAGAUCCGCGGCAUCCUGGAACAGAACACGAACAAGCACCACUCGACCGACCAGGUGUCCAAGCAGACCUACGACUACCUGAAGGAGAAGCUCACCCUCGACGCUGGUCAUGACGACAGCUACUACAACCUGGCCCAGAGUCUGCGUCAGAGAAUCACUGACAUGAAGAUCAAGAUCGACCGACAGCUGAGGAUCCUGGCCGCCCUGAAGGACCGGGUCAAUGACCAGGUCGUGGAGAUGAAGAGGCUGGAGGUGGACAUUGACAUCAAGCUUCGCUCCUGCAAAGGGUCGUGCAGAAGCUACGGCGAAUACCAGGUGGACAUGGAGAGCUACGAGGCGCUGGACAAACAGGUCAACCAGCUGGAAUCCAAGUCCGGUCAGAGAAUCGAGACCGUGGGGACGCUGUACGUGAUGAAGAGCAGGCCGCUGGAUGCCGCCGUUUUGGACAGCGUCUACAAGACUGGCGGCGGCGGCGGCGGCGGCGACUCCACGCUGGCAUCACUGAAGCAAGACGAUGUAUUCUUUUCCGUGAAAAGCGUCCAGUUGGUCCUGGAGGAGGAAGGCUCCCCCACAUUCCCAGCAACCAUCUCCAAGGACACAGGUACCGCAUUCUCUUCAUCUAAAUCCUCGACAUCGUCCUCCUCCUCCUCCGCCGCCGCCUCCUCCUCCUCGAAAUCCAUCACUGAGCUCGGAGGACAUGGCGACAGCCAGCCCAGUUCGAGCUCCGUGUCCACUAAAACCACCUCCUGCACCAAGAGCACCAGGAGGACCAUCGUCCACACGAAGACGGGGCCGGUGGAGAAUGUGGAGGAAGUGUAUGAGGGAGGCCCUGAGUGUCAGGUUAUAGCCGACAGCAGCAAGGGAGGAAUGGGCGUCUUUUUCCCCACCCUUGGCUCCUCCUCCUCCUCCUCCUCCUCCUCCUUCUCUUCAUCUCUUCACACCAAGACUGUCCACGGCGGUGGCACCAAAGGAAGCCUCACCGGAGGUACCAGGGAUGGAUUUGGAUUGGAUCCGUUUGGUGACCUUGGUGCGUUCAUGACGGACGCGGCGGAGGAGGACGUUCCCGAUUUCCACGCCCGCAGUGUGAAGAGCACGCGCGUUGAGCGACAGGCUGAUUAUGUAGGAAAAGUGUGUUUAAGGCUGACGCAGCAGAAUCAAGAUGGCCGACGGCCUCCGAGUCAAAGCCGGACAUGUCGAGCGAGACCGGACGCCGCUCUGUGUUCAGACGACGACUGGGUUUCUAAAUGCCCCUCUGGCUGCAGACUGCAGGGUUUGAUCUCGCAGGCGGAGGCCGAGCUGGAGAGGAAACUGCGGCGGGUUUGCACGAUGGCGAAGUCGUACAAGGAAGCGUCUGAGAAGUCCAUGACGGGGAUGACGCACGUCUACAACUCGAACCGGAGGGUGAUCGUCAGCAGAUACCUGUCGGAGCUGAAGAUCGCGGAAGACGCGGAGGAGUUGGCCAGGAGUCUCAUGGCGCUGCGGAAACGCUCGGACGGUUUGUCGCAGCAACUCGCCGAGCUGCACCGCAACAUCCGGAAACAGGUGGAGGACUUGUAUCGGACCGAGGUGGACGUUGACAUGAAGCUGCGAGCCUGCCGUGGGUCCUGCCAGUCGGCACUGACGUUCACCGUCGCUCAUUCCACUUAUCAGACGUUUCAAACUGACAUGGACGAGGUCGUCAACCAGAGGAGCAAGGUCGUCACACCUCCCCGGGACAUGGCACGUCUCACGCUGCGGCCUGUGGACAUGAGCCCGGCGCCAUCUGCUGCGUAUAAGACCAUCCCGACUGUCCAGAGGGAAUUGUUGACCCAGUUCGAGGACAUUGGACAGAACCGGUUGGUCCUGGAGGACCUGCAGUGAAUGUGUUUCGCUUCCAUUUCAACAGGACAAAAAACAACGUUUGUUUGACAGUCAUCUCCAUGACACCUUGCUCUUGCAGACUGCAUGUUUGUUCAGUACGGUCUUAAUUCCAUGGUUGCGUAAAUUUUUCCAACAUAUCUUCACAUUGAAUGAAGCAAACAGACAUUUUUAUGUGUAGAAAGCAAGUGUGUCAGAAACAUGCCUCAAACUCUGUGCCCUUCGUUGACUGUGAUGAUGUCAGAUUUCACAUAUUAAACUUGUGUUGUUAUUA